ACUAAGCUGAGGAUCUUUGGCCUGUGAGAGCAGAUCUGUCAAUGGCUUCACAGACCAUAAACUUCGUCACUUGGAAUGUUAAUGGACUGAAGCAACACAGAGAUCAGAAAUUUCAAGAACUACAAAAUGCUGAUGUUAUUUUCUUUCAAGAGACACACAUUAGAGUAGGAGAUGAAAAUAUUAUAGAAGACUAUAAAGAUAAGUGGUAUAUUUUCUACACAAAGUAUACCUCCUUCAGCAAGGGAUCAGCCAUACUAGUGAGGAAAACACUAGAUUUUGAAUACAUAAGUGAUGAAAAAGAUAACAGGGGAGCUUACGUUGUGUUGAAAUGUAAACUGGAAGGUCAGCCGUACACUCUUGUUAGUGUUUAUAAUCAUCACACAGACAAAAAAACCCUUGAAAAACUUUCAAGGUACCUUCAGUCCAUGACCACAGGGCUGCUGGUGAUUGGUGGAGAUUUCAACACGGUUCUCAAUAGAUUUAUUGACAAAAAAUGGAACAAUUUGACAAAAAACAGCACUCAUAGUAAAUUGUUGUUAUUUGUGGAGAAUUUCAUGAAAUCUCUUCAGCUGGUUGAUGUCUGGAGAAGAAAGAACCCCAUAAAACAGGAUUAUACGUUCUACAUAAAAGAUUGUCCUGUGUCCAGGCUGGAUUACUUCUUUGUUCCAGAAGAAUGUAUGUGGCGUGUCAGAAGUUGUGAAAUAAGAGACUCAAAGAUAAAUGAAAACAAAGAUCAUCGGCCUGUGUCUUUAGAGAUCAACGUCCCUGUGAUGCCUAUUCCGAAUGUUACCCAGAUACAAACAAUCUUCCAAUGGUGGAAUCUAAAAAAGGAUCUUUUGACAGAUGAGACGGAUUCAUCACUGGGUGAAGAAAGCUCAAAUGCGGUCAGUGAGGUUGACAUUGUGUCAGCUGUACAUUCUCUUCAAGUGUCAGACACACCGAGACCAGAUGGCAUUCCAGCAUCCUCCUAUAAAGACAAAAUUCAGGAUCUAAUUUUAUACAUAAAGAUGCUUUAUGGCAGAAUCCACAGAGGUGGAUUCAACUGCUCUGAGAAACACUUUAAUGAAACUGUGAAAAGUCCACAUGAUGAUAGUCAACACUUUUUUAAUGUUGACUACCUCAUCAUUGCAACUGUUCUGGCAAGACAUCUAGAUGAUGUCAUUGAGUCCCUUCCAAAAGGGCAGAUAGCAAAAGAGUCGGCUACUGUCAUGAUCACUCCCAAAACACAUUAUGCUUUAAUAAGUUUGAGUCAUAUCAAGGAUGAGCUAGAACAGCAAAAGCGGUCAAACCCGACUCUGAGACAAGAUCUUCUCAUUAUAGAAAAUCUCCUCAGUGAUGCAAAAGACUAUUUUUCAGUUGAGAAAUACAAACUGCUACAUCAGGGCUGCCCUUUGACCCCAGGACUCAUAACGUUGGCUCUAAAAAGCUACACCUCACAGUUAUUUGGACAUUUAGAAAACUCUGGGGUUUUUAUUUUCAAGCAAAGUGUGAUAGUUUGCUUUCAGCCUGAGGACCUAGAAAAGGUCAAAGCUACUGUGGAGGACAAUACUAAUGAAGUAUGUGAAAUAGAGAUAUUAUCCAGAGGAAAUGGUGAACUGCUACAAUUAAACUGCAUAGGAAAUGAUUGUAAGGAUGAGGACUGGGAAAAUAGUAAUGCAGACAUAUUUGGGAAUAGUGAUGAAGAAUCGGAAGAAAAUUGCUCUAAAGCAGAUGAAAGGGAUGAUGGGAGUAAGGUGUAUGAAGAGAUUGAAAAUCUAAAGUCUAAAAUCUAUACGGAAGAUGAAUCAAUGGAAGUCGACGUAAGAUCAGCCAUUUCUGGAGCACCAAAAGAAGAGAUGGAAGCAUUUCAUGGGAUGAAGAGGAAUACACCUCCACUUCUUCCUGUACCAUCACAAUCCUCCUCAUCCUCUUAUGGAUGUUCCAUCCAUCCCACAAUGACUAGACAAGGUACUAAAAGAAAGCGUGAAUCACCUGACUGGACAAUAAACUCACCGCUGACAAUGGGCAAGUAAAAUAUGAAUCUGUCCACCUCUUAUCUGUUACUUGUAACGAAUCACUUGGUUGCCUAUAUAUGGUCAGCAGAAUUUAGACGCACACACCAUAUUAAAAAGGUCAUACAAGUAUAACAUUCAUCCAUCAUUCAUCCAAACUGCUUGUCUUAUGUAUGGAAAAAUAAUGAGUGGAAUGAAUUCUCUGAUAGGUACUAAAAGAAAGCGUGAAUCGCCUGACUGGACAAUGAACUCACCGCUAACAAUGGGCAACUAAAAUCUGAAUCUGAGCACCUCUCAUCUGUUAUUUGUAACUAAUCACUUGGCCUAUAUAUGGUCAGCAGA